AACCAAAACAUGUAAGAGCUGAUCUAAAUGUAUUUUGUACAAAAGUGAGACCUAUCUCAUUUGAUCAUCAUAUAGUUAGUUUGGUUAUUUGUAUUGAUUUGAAAUUAAAAUACAUACCAGAUUUCCUACCUAAUUAUAUGCUAAGAAAAUUUGCAGUAAAUUAUCUCAGAAAUCUAGGGUGUAAUGUUUGAUAAAUUGGUUUCUAAUUCUAAAAAAUAUAAAGGAUCACUUUGGGAAAAGAAAAAGAAUGAAAGUCCAGAAUUUUAUGAUUGGUUAAAUCAGAAAUUUAAGUAAUAUGAAGAUAAAUUGAAAAGAUGA